UGCCAGUUUUGUUCUGAAUUGACUUACUCGUUAAAAACAUAUUAGUAUUACUUUUUUAGUCUUUACUUAUACAUCUAUAUAAACAGAAACAAUUCUGAAGUUAAGUUUUUAUAGAAGUAUAAAUAGUAAAACAUAUUAUAUUCAACCUAAGCCAUAGGGCUGUUAAUGAUCGGGUACUUUGCAUUAAUCUUUGUUUUUUCGAUGAUCUCCGGCCUUAUCCAAGAAACGUUAUUUUAAUAUAACCUGUCUAGGCUUACCGUGCAUGUAUAGCCUUGAUCUACUAUAAUACACACACACACAGAUAUAUAUAUAUAUAUAUAUAUAUACACACAUACAUACAUACACAAACAAACACAUAACAUUGUACGAUAGGUAGUUUUCUAAUAUCACAACAAUUUACUAAGUUAAUAAGAAGAGAUCUAACGGUAAUAAUCAGAACAAGGCUGGAGAAUACUGAAAUUUUAUAUUAAACUAAGUGUAAACAGUCCAAAGUUCUAUUUCAUGGCCACAAGGAGUCCUGGAGCAAUAUCAUUUGGACGGAGACAGUAUUUUCCUUCUGCAUCAGGUAGAUCACUGAUGGAAGACUUGGAUACUUUAUCAACAUCUGUAGAUGCUUAUGGGUCAUCAGCUUUUCCUUUUUCUCACUCUAAUUUAAAUGGCAGGCUUCCGAGCAUUUCUAGAAUGGAAGCAUACAGUUAUGGGUUUUCUCCAUACAGUAGUUCCUCCCGAGGUCUAGUGAAAGAUCCCCAGACCUGGAACUGGGGAAGACGCAGGAAAAGGAGAAUAAAAAAAACAAAUAAUUCUGACAUAACAAUUAGUAGUGGAAUUAAUAAAGAAAAAGAUUCAUCAGAUCAUGAAAAUGUACAGAGUAGAGGAGAAGAAAAAUCAAGUCAGGAAACUGAUAAGAAUAUAAAACAACUCCAGGAAAUUGCUGAAGAACUUAAAGUUCCAUCAGAACUAACUCAACCACUUUUUUGUCACUUGUGUGAUGCGAAAUUAAAUGGGAGUUUACAAGCAGACUCUCACUAUGAAGGGAAGAAUCAUGCAAAGAAAGUAAAACAGUAUUUAGAAAAGUUGCGACUAGAAAAAGGUAUUACAACUCCUGUUCCAAGUUCUAACUCCAAAGGAAAAGCCGAACAGAAAGACAAACCAGAAGAAGCCUUCUGUAGACUUUGUGAUGUUGCUAUUACAUCAGAGACUCAAGCAAAGCAGCAUUACAAUGGAAGAAACCACCAAAGGCGUCUUAGAGGGGAGCCUCCACUACCAAAAGGGUUCUUUAAUCCCAUUACAGGAAAAUGGCAGAGACAACCUCCAGUUGCACAUCCUCUUAAUGCCACAACUUUGGGAGGAAAAACUAACUUCCACCCUUCUCCGUACGAACAUCUGAUGGACAAGUUAACUUCUAACCUUAGUGCUGGAGACAAACUGGAUGAUUCACUUGUAUCAGCUAACCUUAACACAAACUUUAGGUCAGUGGUAACAGAAGCUGGAGCAGCUGGGCCAACUAAGAUAAGUAUUUCAUCAUCGUACCUUCGUUGUUCUUCAAAGAUUUUCCGGAGGUGAUAUUUCAACAAACAUUUAUGUGACCGUUAUUAUUUAUCACGUUGUUUUUUAAGUCUGAUCAUUGCAUCAUAGAAACAAUAAUGCUGACGUCUAUUUACUGUAAUAUUCCUCAAAUGUGUUAAUUUUUUUUUUAAUUUUCCUUUUGAUGAAUAUGAAAUGUUGAGGAGAAGCCAUUGCAGUGUAAGUUUGGUGAAGUUUUAACUAUUUUUCUCACAGGUAUUAUGUUUGUUGCUUGACACUCAGUUUAACGCACGAUUAUUACUUUUUUGUAAUUUAGGUCAUACGUUAUUAUUGCAGAUGUCUCUGUGGUUAUUGGUAUUGUAAAAACAAUAAAAUCUGUUGUGUAUUCAGUUUGUUGUUGAUAGCAAAGAAUUAAAAAAAAAGUUUGGACUAGUUUGAAAUGUUUUUCUAUGUACAUAUUAUAAUUUGUAUUUUUUUUGUUACAAAGGCUUAUUAGUAAAUAUUUCCUGUCUAUUAUUAUUACAUCUUUUUUAAAUGCUGCUUUCUAACCUUCAUUAUUUGUCUUUACUGACUAUAUACUCCGUCGUUCCCGAGCUUCAAAACUAGCGUUUCUUACAAAGUGUACAAAAUUUUCCAGUUAAAUUAGGUUUUUAAAAAGUUAUAAUGAUGAUAAAGUGGUGGGUUAUUGUCUAUUUUAUUUCAUUACAAACCGUGUGUGUGCUGCCAUCUGUAAAUUUAGGUUGUUACUAAAACAGGUUUGAUGCUACAAAUCAAAUAGCAGUAGUAAGGGAAAAGAGGUUGUAAAAUGUUUUCUCCUGUAAAGCACAGUAUUUUUGUUUAUUUUGUGUAUUGUUUUAUCGCUUUUAACAAGUUGUUUAAUUGUAAAGGAAUUUUCAUGUCACGUCUUUCAUCAAUAAACUGUAUUUUUUGUGCUUGGUA